ACAAUUUGAAUCGGCGUGUGGUGAUGGGAGAUGGUGCUCGCUCUCUCUCUCGCUCCACGUGUGUAUAUGUGUGUAUAUAUACAGGAUAUUAAGGACAUUAAUCUAGAUACUGUAGAGGAAUAACACUGCGGUAGAUUGGGACGCGAGUCUAGAUUUAAGGUCGCGGUUGAGUAGGCUGUAGGGUCACAGUGCGGGGAUAUAGGGGAACCCGUGCUUCGGUUAUUAGGGACGAGUAUAUAGGCACGCCCGUGCGGUUAGUGAGAAUACAUCUUGGGAAUAGGACCACGAAGGAAAUAUAAUACAAAGUGUGAAGAAUCGCGACAUGCCGGUCUCAAGGUCACAGAGGAAGAGACUGAAUUGCAGUGCGGAGCCUCCGGGGUUGGUGAUGGAAGUGAAGCCCAAGAUGGGGAGAAGGUCUGUCGCUGCUGCCGUAGCAGCUCCCAGGCAUGGCAACGAGUCAAGCGGCAACGUCAACUCUUGCCUGCCCGAUAGAGCACUGAAGGUUCAAAACAUCAACACGGACCUCAAGCAAAGGGAGACAGACAAGGAGACGCGCCUGCUGGUGAAGCAGUGUGCCGAGACAGAGCGCCGUCUGCGUGCCGUGGAGGCGGAGCUGCGCAAGGCGGAGGAGAAGCUGCAAACUGGCGCGCGCGAGCGCAAUGCCCUGACGACGCGGGCGACCGCCGCGGAGAAGCGAUCUGCCGAGCUCCAGAGCAUCAACGACAUGCUGCGGGCUAAGUUCUCGAGAGACGAGCUGAAAAGCGAACUUGGCAAACUGUGCUUGGAAUUGGCGGAGCUGAAACUAAAGCUGGAGAGUGAACAGCAGGAGAAGGAGCAGAUGAAAUGUGAGUUUGAGGAGCAAGUGAGGACCUUGCAACUGAAUCUACAAACAUCUCAGACAGUCUUAGAACCCCUGAAAGAGGACCCAAAGAACAACUCAAAAUCGGAUUUGACGGAUCGGCCGUUGGGGGGCGGCGAUCCCAGCAGCCACGCGCAACCACCCCAAAUCCCCGCAGCGCAGAGCGGUGCAAACGCCGAUCGGUGUCGGUUGGCGCGGCGCGACGGAGAAAUCUCCACCCUCCGGGUUCAGGUUCAGCGCCUCGAGAAGAAGCUCCCGUCUCACUCCAAACGCGGGCCGGGGCGCGGCGCUGUCGCUCGCGAAGUUCCCAUGGAGUGCGACGGUCCCGGUGUGCGUGCUGGCGAGGAUGCGGCGGCGGCGACGACGGCGGAGGAGAUGGCGAUGCUGCCGCUGGAGGGGCCCGCGCUGGAGCAGCAGCUGUCGGGCCUGAUGGAGGAACGGGUGACCAUCGAGCAGGGCCUGCGAGCGGUGCUCACCGACGUUGAGCACCUGCAGCAGGGAGAUGCGCGGCUGGAGGAGCUCGUGGAACGCAUGGACAGGGACGUGCGGGAGAAGUACGAGGAGAUUGAGAAGCUGAAGACCGAGCUGAACAGCAUGAGGGAGUCCGCGGAGGAGCAGAGGCAGUGCCUGCAGGAGCGAGUGGAGGCGCUGGAGCGGGAGGCGGCCCAAGGGCAGAAGAAAGCGCCCCCAAAGACUCCACGCCGGCGCGUGACGCUGCUCGCAGCCGAAGCCGGGAGCGAGCUCGCCAGAAACGUGGAGAGCAUGGAGAGCAAGAUGACGCAGAUGGUGGCCGAGAUGAGCGCCAUUCACCAGGCGUACAGGGAGCAAGUCGGGGAACCGCCGCUGCCCGCGGCUGUCGUCACGAGGGCCCAGUCGGCCAAGCCGCAGGGCUCCUCGAGCGCCGCCAAAGACGAGCUCCUGCAAAAAAUGCCACUCCUGCGGAGCGCAGAGGCUGAGAACAAGGUGUCGUCGGAGGCCAUGCAGGAAGAAAUUCUAAAGUGGAAGAAGAUGUACGACAAGAGUGGAUCCAGGGUCUUCAAGGUCGCCUCUCCACUGCUAGGACGCCUGUCCAGGCUGCGUCUGACAGAUCGGCGCCACCGCAGCUUCUUCCCGACCUUCGUCGACGAGAGCUUGAACGCUGCCGGCAAACGCUCCGCAGCUACUUCCGCCAUGUACGGCUUCACCGGGGCUAACCAACUCAACAAGCAGAACAUGUUUCUGUAAACAAGGAUUAAACGGCCAGCUCGGUGCUCUGACCUCUGAGACACGUGGUCACCUUCUUAACUAAUUUGUACAAGUCUGUCUUGUAUGAACGUCGGAAUAGCAAGCUGUUGUUGGAAUGCACAUGUCGCGCAACGUUUCGUGGGAUUUUCUUUUACUUGCAUUAAACAACAAUAUUUUUACGUAACUUCAAUUGUGUGCUUGUGGGAUUUUUUUUCCCCCAGCUUUAAUCUGUAUAUCAAUGCUGCGGGGGCCGGGUUGAGUGGUUGGCAUGAUAGUACUUUCCUCGAAGGGUUUUUAAUAAUUGAAUGCAUGCGUUUUUUGUGGUUAGCUGUUCGGUAUCCAUUUGGAUUAUCGUUUGCGCAAUAUGCACCCACAAAAUAUGUUACAAGCCCACGUCCGAUUCUACAAUGAAUUUUCUGUAAUGACUGAUUGCAUCAUUGAUAUAUAAUACAGUAAUAUGUCCUAAUCCACUGCUAGAUGAAAGCUUCCCCGUGCUGUGUUUAUCACAUGAAUUGAUUGACCAAACGUCACUGAUUAGUCCAGUAGUGCGGAUUGGUGCAGUGGGGGGAGGGGGGCCCAGGACUUGUUUAGUUAUUAUUUGCCACUGAUGUUAGCCGUCGCCGUGAUUUUGUACUCCGAUCGCUGGCUUCACAGUGCAGUGCGUUUAACCACGGCGCUAACACCUCACAAUUUUCGAAAUGAUAAGGAUAAAAUAUAAUGAAACGUUGUCUUAUGGUAAAUGGUAAUGUACAUAAUUCGUUUUGUUAAACUGGUGUUGGGUUUCAUGACGUCAGAAUCUGAAGCUGGUGUUGCUUGGUCGUGUGACAAUCGGUGGCAUUUUAACUCGCCGUAAAGCAAUCUAAACGUUGAACAAAUGUUUACGCGUGACGUUUUUUACGUAUAAAUUUCGAUUUAAAGCUUUCGUGACUGCAGGAAAUCAUCUUCUUGGUUCUUUCGGUAAAGUCACGUAUUUCCAUUCUACGUGACUUUACCGAAAGAACCAAGAAGAGGUUUUUUUACGUACUUUGCAUCGCCGCAGACACUUAAUAUAAUGGAAAAGUGUGCAUGGCUUUGCUUGUGAGUCGAUGAUUUCAUUCCUUGCGUGUAUGCACGGUGGGGUCACGAUGACCCCGACGUCUCGUGUGACCCCUGUGGCUGCCGAAUAUUUUGCCAUGGGGCAUUUAGUCCACGAACAACACAUGACUUUCUAUACUGCAUAGGCAUUUGCAGUUAUGCCGCGUGGCCGGCACUUGUAUUUUUCGGAUUGUAGCACGUUUGGCAUAUAUUUCCUGAAGCUCCCAGCACGUUGAAUGAAAUGUGGGGACAGUACCAAAUAACGCGUGGUACAACUUAAAAAAACACAAUUUUAGAACGAGACUAUACUUAAAAAUAUAUAUUUAAACACCGGAGGGAUGUUAACACGACUUGCUUGUUUAUUGUGUCGAGGUGGGAUCUGGGUUUUGCACUAAGUUUUUGU